GCAACUCUCUUCAAAUACACGCCCCCACCCCACACACACACAGAGAUGGAGGCUGUGGACGCGGCCAGGGCCCUCCUCGGCCUGGAAGUCAGUCUGCUUCUGUGCUGUGUCGGUGCCGCGGGCGGCUGCACCGUGUCCGUCUCGCAGCCGCCUGUCCUCGAAGUGGACUACGCGGAAGGGGCGGUGACCGUGCCCUGCUCCUUCUCCACGACGGGCUGCCCCCCCGAGCUCCCCAGCAGCCUGUGGUUCCGCUACGGGGCUCACUGGACGGAGACCCUCUGCGUGGACGGGUGCACAAGUGAGGCCGACAAGUUUACAGUGAGGAAGGCCCUGGCACAGAACCAGGUCUCCCUCACAGUCAACCAGCUGACGCCCAAUGACAGUGCCAUAUACAUCUGUGGACUCGCCUCGCCCAGCUCAGAGGACCCAAGGGCCAAGCAGGUCGGAGCGGGGACCGUGCUGGUGGUGAGAGGAGCGCGAGGCCCAGGCAAGGCCCUGCGGGGGCUCCUGGCGGCUCUGCUGGCUCUGCUCUCCGUCUACGUGGUCGUGGUGCUCGGGAUCUUCGUCAUCCUUGCCAGGUCAAAAUUUAACACUCUAAGAAACAAAGAAAAAGAAGAUUCACAAAAGAAAAAGAGUGCCAGGCGUAUUUUUCGGGAAAUUGCUCAAGAACUUUACAGUAAGAGACAUGUGGGAACAAGUCACCAACCUGAGAAAGACAACACUUAUGAAAACAGGACAGCACUGGACAACUAUGAAAGACCAUAGAAACUAUUUAACCUUCAAGUAAGUCACUGAAAAUUCAGAAGUUAUGGUAGUUUUAAUGGACAUAUACCCUUCAGGGCUUUAAAAACAUAAACAAAGAUGAAUGGAAAAGACAACUGGGCACAAGUAAGGAUGCCGGAGUACAAGAAACUACAAUUG